AUGAGGGGUCCACUAUCAGGAGUAAGAGUUUUAGAUAUGACAAGGUAUUUCAUUCACUUAUAGACUCUAAGAUAUGGUUCUUUUAUCUUGAUUGGCAUAUAAAUAUGGACAUUGAGAAAAUUUGAAGAAAGUGAUUGUUUAUUUUUGGUAAGGAUUCUUGCAGGUCCUUUUACGACAAUGCUUCUGGGAGAUUUAGGAGCAGAAAUAAUAAAAAUUGAAAAACCAGGUAAUAUCAUUUAUUAAAUUCAUAACUCUGAAUAUUGCAUUUCUAGUAUUCUGAUUGGUGAUUGGUUCACUCAACUCCAGUUAUCAGCUUAUAUUUAGAGUCUCCUUCUGUAGAAAUGCAAUGAACCAACUGUUGCAUUUAAACAUUCCAGGAUUUAUGAAAUUUAUAAAACAAUUAUUUUGUUCUUGCCAUAACAUAGAGAAUGAAGCAAGGAAACUCCAAAAUCUUGCAAGGAUGCUGCAUAUAAUUCUCACAGAGUACACACUGAGGAAAAAGAUGAUCAAUUGUUGUCUGCCCCUUCCCCCCCCACUCUUCCCCCUCUGGAAAUUUCUAUUUUUUUAAAAAAUUUUUUUUGAGAGGAGGGGGGUAACACUCCAAAAAGCCAUUCCCUUGUUUAUUUGGAAUAGUUUCAUAAAUCUAAACAUAGCGUCUUCAAUUGUUUUUGUUAUUUUUAUGUCAACUUUUGAAUUAAUUGAUAUAAGGUUUAUUGAGAAAGUUCAAAGCAAUACUGUGAUGGUAGAACAAUAUUGCAUUUCUACAAGAAUACAUGUGUUUGAAUGUGUAUGGUUGUCAAGCCCACAUUGCAGUCAUACUUUAGCUGGAUGUAUUUUUUUUUUUUUUAACAUUGCUGUGUUUCUAUUUUAGAGUCUGGAGAUGACACAAGAUCAUGGGCUCCUCCAUUUUGUGAGAAUGAAAGCACAUAUUUCCUCUCUAUAAACAGAAACAAGAAGGUAUUUGUCAGCUAUCUCACUUUUUAUUUCUAUAAAAAAGACAAUAAAUCAGGAAUGGGGCUAUUUCUGAACUUGAAAUAAUUUUUUUUCUAUUCACAUUACUUCAUUAGGUCAAAGACUAAUGUUAUCUUGUUCAUUAAUGACUGCCACUAAGGGAUGUAUUCAAGCAACCCACAUCACUCAACCCAAGAUAUGAUAGUGCAGGUCUAUUGGGCAUUAAAAAAGAAAACUUAAUGAUUCUUGCACUUGCCUUCCUAAAUUGCAACACUUUUUUCUUAUUUAAACUUCCAGAGCAUUGCUGUAAACAUCAAGGAUCCCAAAGGUACAGAAAUUGUCAGAAAGGUACACAAAGAGAGACUCAACUGCAUACAGUCACUCAGUAAAUUGACUGGUAAUUAAUGCAGAUUCAGGCUUAGUAACAUUUAAUCUGAUUGUGUACAUUUAAAGUUCCUUCUCAUCUUGUUGACAGAUGCCGUGAACAUUUUGAGGGCGAUUAUUUUUCUUUGCUUAGCCUUUAGUGGGCAAUUAGUUUCUAAGGGUGAAAGAAAAAAUGGAGUGAGUGAGAAAAUGAAGGAGAGAGACUAAGGAGACUGGCAAACUUUUGUUACUCCUACCCAGACCCUUGCUGCUUACACCUUACUUACUUUUUUAAUAAUCUCUGUUGACAAAGAGUCAGGCUCAGGGGCUUACAGGGUCUUCCAGUCUUCCAGUGGUUCCAGAAAUCACCCUUUGUGUUAUUUCAAACUUUUUUGUCUCUCACCUAAGUGUACAUAAAUCUUAUGCAUGUGAGGAGGAUUUUCAGCAUUAAUUGACUAUCCAGCAUGUUAUGCUCUCUGUUAUUUGUUUGAAAAAACAUAACAUUAAAUCUUAUUUACUUGACAGCUUGCUUCAAAGUGCGAUGUUCUGGUAGAAAAUUACUUACCUGGAAAACUGGACAAAGUGGGUUUAGGAUAUGAUCAGCUGAAGACAUCAGCACCUUCCUUGAUAUAUUGUUCAAUAACAGGAUUUGGUCGUGGGGGACCUUAUGACCAGAGGCCAGGAUAUGACGUCAUGGUGUCAGGUAUUGGGGGACUGAUGCACAUAACGGGCCCUGAGGUACCUUGAACACCCUAAAGCUGGUCAUGUGAAACUCAAGGCAGAGACAUGCUGUGAAACAAGUCACUGUGCCAGUCUUAAGUCAAAUUUUAGCACCGAGUCAUCUCAUGUGAAGUAGGAAGAUUCAGUGAAAAUCAUCAUCAUUUAUCAUUAGAACGGAAUAAUAAAAUUUCCUUUUCCACACAAAUUGACCAUGGCUGGAACAUGUCACUGUGUCUUGUAUGGAGUGUUUUUUUAGGAGAUACAUGUCACUGUGACUUUUUCCUGAGUGUGUUGCAGCCUUCAUGCUUCAGACUAAAUGCAUUAUAACUAUUUUCUUUCUUUAUUUGCAAAAAUUGGCAAAUAAACAUCAUUGGCAAACAUGGCUGAAAAUUUCCCUACUGUUACUCUCCUUUUAGGACAGUGAUCCUUGUAAGGUUGGCAUCGCAGUAACAGACAUAACUACAGGACUGUAUGCACAUGGAGCCAUAAUGGCUGCACUUCUACAGAAACAAACAACUGGACUGGGACAGAAAAUAGAUUGCUCCUUGCUGGCAUCACAGGUACACAGUGACAAGUGAUAAAAUUGUGUUUUGUAAAUCUAUGUGACUGACAGUAUCUUUAUCAUAUUUCUGCCCAUGAUGUAGAUAGCCAUGCUUAGUCAUGUUGGGACAAGUUACCUCAAUGCUGGGUUUGAGACUGGACGCUAUGGGACUGCCCACCACAGUAUUGUCCCAUACCAGGUAAGAAAAUAAAUAUACAUCACUUGCAGAGGGUUAUUUUUCAUGCCAUUAUAGAAGGUAGCAAAGGCUCAUGAUAUAUACAUUAUAUUAGCUUUUAAGAUGAGACAUUUAAGUCUAUAACUGCAGCUGCAAUAACUUUGAUCAGUGUCAAGAGGGAGAAUAGAGGCACUUGUAGGGUUGGGUGAGGAGCAUCCACCUCUUCUCUCAUGUCCUGACUUUAUUAGCUUUUCUCCUCAUUAAUUAAUACUGACCUUCCCUUAUUCUCUUGAGGCUUUCAAAACUUGUGAUGGACACUUCCUUGUAGGAGCUGGAAAUGAUGGAUUGUUUAGGAAACUUUGCAAAGUAAGCUGAAUGUUUUGUUUGUCUAUUUAAAUGUUUUGCUUUCACCUUUUUUAAUGACUAAUGAUAUUUAUCUCUUAAAAAAGAAACACUCAUGGCAAAUUCUUUUCUAAAAAAUGUAGAUUCUUCCUAACAGAAAAAUCUGUGUUAAUCUGUAUUGGUAUUUCAAAAAAUUUCCUGAUUCCAUUUUUUGGUGAUUUAGUUAUUAGGUUUAGACAACUUGGCUGAUGACCCAUUAUAUGCUACAAAUGCAGCCCGAGUCGAAAAUCGUCACAAGUUGCUUCCCCUGCUAAAAGAAUGGUAAGUUUGUUGUGAUAGCCAGACCUAAGGGGGAGGGUGUGGAAGAGGAAAUUCUUGUGUUUGGAGCCCAAGAUCUUACUGACCUCUGUUAACUAAAUAGUUGUCAUUGAUCAAUGUCGGUAUCUGUUGGCACCUACCCCUCCCCUAACCAAAUAACAGUCAACUGAUAUCAAGUUAGGGUUGAUAGUGGGUUAGAGGAGGGUGGGUGUGCAGUUGCUCAGAUACUGACAUUGUUCUGUUGUUGUCAUACAACUGGCAAGUGCUCUUCCAUUAAGUAUCAUUAAAUAACACCGUAAAGAAAUGGAAACUCUGAGUCUCGAUACAUGUUAACUGCCCUUAAUUUAAUGCAUGAAAACGCAAGUGAACAAUUCACUGAUUGGUUGAAAAGGUCUUGCAUUUUUUAGACCAAUCCUGUUGUCAUUCAAUGACAGGAAGUAAUACUGUAUUAUCUCCUUCACUCAAUUGGAAUUUAGGAUAUUAUUCAACGUUACUUGUUUGUGUUAAGUUUUCAGCAACGAGGAACAAAGGAAUGGGCCAAGGCGUUUGAGGGAUCUGGCAUUCCUUGCGGACCAAUUAAUAAUAUAAAAGCAGUGUUUGAAGAUCCACAGGUACAGUAAAGAAAUGGUAUGCAAGGUUCUUGAUAACUGCAAAAAGCAUGUAAUACUCAGUUGGAGGAAGUGACCAUGUCAAACGUAUAUUUUUUUCAGGUGAAAUACAAAAAAAUGGUGCAAGAGUUAGAACAUCCCACGGCAGGAAAGAUUCGGAUACCAGGUUACUAAGCUUUUUCAGUAUAUUAUUUUUAUAGUCAGAGGUUAUUUGGGUGACUACACAGUGCUCCAAAAACUAUUGCCUAACCACUCGAGUAACAAGCUCUUUAGAGUGUCAUGGAGUGACAACGGCUCAAUAGAUUUGGCUGAUAUUCUUGACGAAUAAUUAUUAUAAUUUUCUUAUAAUUUUUUACGAGUGUGUGUUUUUUUAUUUUAUUUUGCUUUCAGGACCCGCUGUGGAGUACAACGGACAAACCUGUCAGGGGCUCCCUAGGGCACCUCCUUUGUUAGGACAACAUACACAUGAAAUUUUAACAAAUCUUCUUGAAUACAGUAACAAGGAGAUUUCUACUCUUGAGCAUGAUGGAAUCAUAGAAUGUCACCUUCAAAAAUAA